AUGGAUUGCAAUGUGCAAAACAAUGAAAGGAUAAAGUUAAACAAGGCACAGAAGAAAGCACUACGAAAACAGCAACGUGCCAAGCGAAUCCUUGAUCGACAUAAUGUUUUGAAUGAGUUUAAAGUCAGUGAUCAACCUUCUAGGCAUUUACUCAUCAGCAAUGGAGGAUUGGGUUGUGGUAUAACUCGAACAAUCUUAACAUCGGUGUUUGGCCGAUAUGGACAAAUUACUAAUAUCAUCAUGUUACCUGAUAAACCGUUCUCUGUCUUGUCUUAUCAAACAGUAACCGAUGCAAAGCAAGCAUAUGAUAAUAUCCAUGCCAUUGAAUUGAUCGCCUUUUGUGAUACCGAUGUCAAGUACUUGGUAAAAUCGGGUAUUAAGGCGUUUAUUCUCAAUUACUUGGAAGAUUAUUUUUGCGAAACCAAUAAAGACUCUAACUUAGGCUAUCCUGAAGGAUUGUUAUUAAUUCAAAAUUAUGUCAGUGAGCAAGAAGAAGAUGAAUUAUUGCAAAGUAUAGGUUGGUACACCAAUCACGGUCAAGCUUCUCAUGAUACUCAUCCGUGUCAAACCGUGCAAUCCGAUCGGGAAUCAAUGCAGCGACGCCUUAAGCAUCGUCAUGUAAAACACUAUGGCUACGAAUUUCGAUAUGAUACAAAUACAGUGGAUAAAGAUAAACCCUUACAUGCCACAAUACCAAGUAAAUGUAGAUAUAUCUGUCAACGUAUGACAGACGACGGUUAUAUCCAACAUCAACCUGAUCAACUAACAGUGAAUGAAUACAUGCCUGGCCAAGCAGGGAUACCCCCUCAUAUUGAUACUCAUUCUGCGUUCCAAGACCAGAUCGUUUCACUAUCGCUGCUGUCUCAGAUUGUGAUGGACUUUCGGCAUCCGGAUGGAACUCGAAUAUCGAUUAAUUUGCCUAGACGCAGCCUAUUGGUGAUGUCAGGCGAAUGUAGGUACUUAUGGAGCCAUGGAAUUACACCUCGAAAAUAUGAUGUGGUUUGUGAUGACAAUGACAACAAUAGCAACAUAACAUUAUUGGAGAGAUCCCGAAGGGUUUCGUUUACUUUUCGAAAAAUUAGACAUUCUCCUUGUAAUUGUAAGUAUCCUAAUUCGUGUGACACACAGCUAAAUCUCCUUUCAAAAGCUGAAGUAAAUUGCAAUCCAUGUACUGAUAAAGAAGCCGCAAGCUUAGAACGUGAAUAUGUAUAUAAUAUAUAUGACAAUAUUGCGGAUCAUUUUAGCGGGACUCGACAUUCCCCUUGGCCAGUGAUUGCCAACUUUCUUACUAGUCUACCUGAAGGAUCUAUGGUAUUAGAUAUCGGUUGUGGUAAUGGUAAAUACAUGAAUGUCAACAAAUCUUUGUAUAUGGUUGGAUGCGAUCGCAGUAGCGGCCUAGUAUCUAUUUGCGGGGAAAGAGGUUUUGAGGUCAUCCUUUGUGAUAUUUUGAAUUUGCCCUUUCAGUCUCAGGCAUUUGAUGCUUGCAUUUGUAUAGCCGUCAUUCACCAUUUAUCAACAACGAAAAGAAGAAUUGAAGCAUUAAAAGAAUGUAUUAGAAUAUUAAGACGCGAUGGUGUAGCGUUAGUAUAUGUGUGGGCUUUGGAGCAAGAUCAGAGAAAUAUUGAUAAAGAAAAAAUGAAACAUAAUACUUCUGCUAAUUUAUCGACGGACGGGGUAUUGACUAAUCGAGAAGCAGAUACCGGCGUGCGUAAGUUCAAGCUUAGACAUUUCGAAAAACAAGACCUUUUAGUGCCGUGGCAUUAUAACAAUCGUCAUAAUAAGAAAUUUGAAAAUGUGGCAAAUAAUUCAGCUUCAAAUCAAACUCUCUAUCAUCGUUACUAUCACGUCUUUAUGGAAUCUGAAUUGAUAUCGAUGUGCAAGGCAAUAAAUAAUGUUACUAUUCGUGAGAGCUUUUAUGAUCGUGGAAACUGGUGUGUGAUCUUGAACAAAAUUUCUGAUUAA